UUUGAAGUACCAAAGCCAAAAGACACUUCAAGAAUGGGGACCAUAACAUGUGGCAAUUGUGGUCUCCAAGGGCAUAGGUACACAAACUGUCUUAAACAGUUGAAGCCUGAGCUAGCUUUGAGGAAGAAUAAGCAUGUGGCUACUCCAAGUAACUCACAGCCAAGAGCUGCUGGUCCUUCUACUACAACAACAGCAAGACAGCCAAGAGCUGCUGCCAGAGGAGCUGCCAGAGGAAGAGGAGCUGCUACUUCUACUACACCACCAUCAUCUGGAAGAGGAAGAGGAAGAGGAGCUGCUACUUCUACUACACCACCACCAUCUGGAAGAGGAGCUGGCAGAGGAAGAGGAGCUGGAAGAGGUGCUCCAAGGCCAUUCAGUGCCCCCAGUACCAAUAUUGGGGCAUCACAUAACAUGCAGUACCACAUUUGGGGAUUCUGACAUGUGGGACAGGUACCUCUCCUACUAUUAA